AUGGAGGAGCAGGCGGUGGUUCUGUAUUCUGCACCGGCCAUCGGCCACCUCACGCCCAUGGUGGAGCUGGGCAAGCUCCUUCUCACUCGCCAACCUUCCCUCUCCAUCCACGUCCUCCUCCCCAGCCAAGCCUACGAAGGCGGCUCCAUCUCCUCCUACAUCGCCGCCGUCUCCGCCGCCCACCCCUUCCAUCACCUUCCACCACCUGCCCCCACCUCCCUCCCUCCCGACUACUCCACCACCUCCCCGCACCUCGAGACCCUCGCCCUCGAGCUCCUCCGCCUCAACAACCCCAACGUCCACCGCACCCUCGUCUCCAUCUCCGAGAUCCACCGCGUCCGGGCCCUCGUCAUCGACUUCUUCUGCACCAACGCCCUGUCGGUCGCGCGCGGCCUCGGCAUCCCCUGCUACUACUUCUUCAGCUCGUCGGGGAACAGCUUGACCGCCUUCCUCGGCUUGCCCGUCCUCCACAGGACCACCGCCAAGAGCUUGAAGGACCUCGCCACCGACACCGUCCUCCGCUUCCCGGCGCGCCGCCGUUGCUGCCUUCCGACAUCGGCGAACUGUUGCAAGACCGCAACGACCGGGCCUACGAGCUCUUGCUGGAGAGCGCGACGAACAUGCUGA